AUGCUUAGAUGGCUUGUAAGUGCCGUCUUCUUGGCGCUGCCAAUCGCUACUACCAUUGGUGUCCUGCUUGGCAUGCAGGCAUACAAUCAUGCCAAGGGCCGACCGCCUCCAUUCUCAGGCGGUGAUGAUGGCAAUGGUCUUCCUGGAAUAGGUACUCCCAAGGGCAAGGAUACUGUCGAGAUAAAGUGUGACCAAGCCUUUGGUUUCGAUCCCAAGUCCAAGGGCCAGAAUUUCAUCUUGAAUCCUAACCCUUGGGGUUGGAAAAAGGGCGAGGAAGGAGCACUUUGCAUGUUGGUCAACUUCAACGGAAAUCGAACGUAUGCCACCGAAUUCUCAGCGCCCGUCUUCAAUACUACCUGGCAGUAUCCCCGAGUUACGGGCGGCGGAAACAACGUGCACGCCUUCCCCAACGCAAAAGUUGAUAGCAAAAACUUUCCUGUCCAAAUCGGUUCCGUGUCCAAAUUCGAGUUUGAUGUUGAAUGGUCCUUGUCGCUCAAGAACGACACACAUGAAGAGGUUACCGAUGCCGAUGUUACAGCAAACCAGAUCAAUGCCAACGUGGCCAUCGAUAUGUUUAUGGACAAGGACAGCACAAAGGCCGAAGACAGCGAGAAGGCAGGCUUUGAAGUGAUGGUGUGGUUUGCCGAUUUUGGUACAGAUGCUUGGCCUCUUGGCAAGAAGAAUACCCCCGACAAAGGCUUGGUCAAAAGCCAGACCCUUGAGGGCGUGGAAUUCGAGCUAUACUCUGGACUCAAUUCGCAGAAUCAGAUGGUGCUGUCUUGGGUAGCAACUAAGCCUACCACCACCUUCAAAGGAGAUCUGAAGCCGCUCAUAGACACCAUCUUUGCCAUGAACAACGCCAACUACCCCCAAAAGACUGAUUACCUCGGGUAUCUUGCCUUUGGACAAGAAGCCUAUAGCUCGACCGCCAACGUCACCUUCUCGGUGCCUAGUCUGGCAGUGGAUAUCGAGACGUCUACAUAA